AUAAACGACCUAGGGACCCAUCGACGACACGUAAAGCCCUAAUACAAUCAAUCAGCUGAAGAACUCAAAACCACAGUCCAUAGCAGCUUCUUCUUCCACUUUGCCGCAACAACCACCUUCCGACACGGUUCUCCACCACCCUUCAACCUUCUGUGAGUGCUUAACUCUCUUAUUAUUAACUUCCUCAAUCCACACACACUCUUUCAAAUUCAAAACAAACCAAAAAUCACAACACCAUGUCCAAUAAUCAAAACACCCCCUCUAACCCUAAACCUCCACCCAAUUUCCCAAACCCCCAAAUGGGUGUUGCUGGAAAUUAUCAAAAUCAAAACAUGAUGCAACCCUUUAUGCCAAACAUGCAACAACCAUCCCCCUAUACGAAUCCCCCAAAUCAGUUACACAUGCCUCCUCAUAUGCCCGGUUUUGCUCCUCAAAAUAAUGCAAAUUACAAUCCAAUGUUUCCUGUUUAUGGACAAGGACAACCACCUCCAAUGAAUUUCUCUCAAAUUCAAGGACAAAUUUUAGCUCAAAAUAUUAUGACUUUGCUUCAGCAACCUAAUAUGAACAUGAAUAUGAGUAUGCCUGCACAAUUUUCUGCACCAUAUCCAAUGCAGAAUAUGAACCAACAGUUACCUAUGCAAAUGCAGAGACAAAACCCUUCUCAACCUGUUCCAUAUGGUAUGCAUCCUGUUCAACAACAACCUAUGUUUGGGUUUCCUCCUAACCAACUGCCUCCUCAUCCUAUGGUCCCUCAAAAUCCAACGUUUUCUGGAAAUUCUCAGUUUGGUGUUGUGCCUGGAAAUCAAGUCAGGCCACCGAUUGCCCCAAAUCCGGCAGCCGGGAACCCAAAUGGUUUUGUAUCAGGUCCUUUUCCAUCUCAGCAGUUACAAGGGAAUAGUUCUGUGCCACAUAAUACAAACAAUGCUCAAAGUUCUGCAUUUAGGAAUUCACAUUCACAGGAAAAUCCUAAUAGCAAUGUCAACACUAAUUUUGCAAACUCUAACUGGAAAGGAUCGCCAAACAAUAACUUCAAAAACAAACAAAAUAGAGGGGGAUCUCAAGGAGGGUUCCAGAAGUCUAAAUUUCGUGAUAACAACAAAGGAAACAGGAGAGCAGGGUUUUCAAAAGAUCGUAAGGGUAGAGGUCUCAACAAUGAGAGAGCAGGAACUUUUGGUUUAAAUUCUGAGGAACAUCAGCAGCAACCACAAAGAUCCUAUUCUGCGACUUAUUCUGAGCAAGAAAUUCUACGAUGGCGUGACGCACGGAGGAAGAAUCACCCUUCCAGAGAAAAAAAUGAGAAGACGCAGAGUGAACAAUCGAAAGACUCCAAGUGCAUUGAUAGAGAGGUUUUACAAAGAGAGCUCAAAGAGGUUUUAGCAAAGCAAGCUGAGUUGGGAGUUGAAGUUGCCGAAAUACCUUCAUACUAUCUGAAGAAUGCUGCAAAUCAAGGCCUUCAGAGUGAAGAGAAUGAAACCCCAUUUACCAACAAAAGAAAAUUCAAAAACAAGGCAAGAAGGAAUCCAAACAAAAGGCGUCGGAACGGCAAGAAGCAGAAGCUGGCUGACAAAGAUUUUUUAGAAAACAAGAAGAAGCCAACUUUAUUACAGAAACUCUUGAGUGCAGAUAUAGUGAGGGAUCAAAGCUACCUGUUUCAGGUUUUCAGGUUCAUGACAGCGAAUUCGUUCUUGAAGGAUUAUCCUGAUAAGCCUCUGGUAUAUCCACCAGUUUUGGUAAAAGAAAUGGGGUCUGAAGUUUAUGAUGGAAAAAAACAUUUGCAUGGCGGAAAAGAUGUUGUUGAAGAUGGUACCAAGGGAAUAGUUGAAAAAUUUGUAAAGGAUAGUGGUAAUGAAGUUGAAGAAAGUGAUGAUGAUGGUGAUAAUGGAGAUGGAAUGGUUGAGUUUGAGGAAGAGGAGGGGGAAAUUUUAGAGUAAAACAUGAUGUUUGGUUUAUGUUGUUAUUUCAACAAAGCUUUUGAAUAGGAAUGAUUGUAAUGUUGUGUUAAACCAUUUUUGUUUCCAUCAUUGUUUUAACAUUAUGCAUAUGUUAUUACAGUGUAGAGGGGCAUCUUUGUUUCCAUCAUUGAAGAUAGUUAUUGAGAAUUUAUAUGAUCAUGUAGUUGGAUA